GGAACAUACAGAAAUUGAUAUUGUUUGGAUGUUUCAGGCACCUCCUGGUAGCGCUGCAGCUGCUAAACCUAAGUCUUCGGGGUCUAGUUCUGCUGGAGCCGGAGGAGGCAAGACGAAUAAGAAUGAUCAUGAAGAAGCAGAAACUGAAAAAACUAGAAAAUUCUGGACAUCUUCUUGCUCAUCGUCGUCAUCCGGAGCCUCUGGGGUAUCAGUUGUAUCGCCUGGUGUCUUCGACGGCUUUUCCUUAGAGCAAUCGAUCUUUCUUCAUCGUCUAGCUGACUUGGGGUUGCUGCUGAAGAAGGUGGUGUACGACACGAGUUCCCCCACGACUCGCGCUGACGCAUCAUCAGCACCUAGUGCUGGGCCUGGGGUCGUGCAUUCUCCGCCUCAAAACACGACAUCCUCUGCACCGAGCAAGAGUUCGCUUGAUAUCUUAGCCCGUACGCAAUUGUUGCACACGAUGAGAAAUAACCCAGGAGACAUUCAAACACAUUUCUUAUCUUCUAAAAAUACUGCUGCUACUAAUCCCGGGACUUGCACCUCCAGGACUUCUGCGCAACAUCAUUCAAAUUCAUCCAUGAUUUCUUCAAGGUCUAGGUGUGGGUCUGCGACAUCAACAUCAGGAGGUGUUCGCUGUGUUAUCUUUUACCCGACAGCUCUUGCAGCAGCGUUAUUCGACGACUUAAUCGGGCUUGCCGUCACGCGCGGUGAAUUCGGACAUGGUGCAGUACUAGAACGCCUCUCACCCAGGUUGUUGCCAGAAGACGCUUUUGCUUUGGAGGGAGAACUAGGACUUGGGGAUAGUAGUAGUACAAAAAAUACCAGGGCAACCACAACAGCAUCUUCUGUAGGCAUCACAUCGAUGUCUUCUUUCACCUCAUCUGCAGCAUCCAGUAGUAACAAGAAAGAAGUCUUUUUUCGUGGUGUUUUGGUGGAAAGCAAUUUCCGCGUAAGAGCUUGCACCAACGACCCAGUGCAAAUCGACCUGUUGCGCACGUUCACCGAGAUUCAGCGCCAGAGCGGCUACUGGGUUGUCGGCGAGUUGACCCAGGAUUCGCUUCUGAGGGCCUUUUCCAGGCAGAAACUCACGGCAAAGCAGAUCUUGCAUUUCCUUGCCUGUUCCGCGCACGAAUCACGCGCAGCCAAGUGUCGGCUCACUGGACAACCUCUAGUCCCGGAUAACGUCCGAAUCCAAAUCGAAUUGUGGGAAAGAGACCGACAACGACUGAAGUUAAGGCGAUGCUGGAGUCUUUCUCCGUAAUAAAGGAGCUCCCUUUAUUUUGUUUAGACUCCUUUUAUUUUGUUUAGACUCCUUUUUUUGAUUAGAGUGAGUAGUAGUCCUAAAUUUUGAAAAAAAUCCGACUUGUUUUACUCGAAGUACAAGUGCGAGCAAGUCCAAGUAGGUAGUUGUACUAGUCUAAGAUGUUUAGACAGAAGAGCAAGUGAGAUUUUGAGAGUAUCAUGACACUCCCAGUCCCACUCCUCGUCUAACAAAACUGACCCCUACGGUGAGGCUCGAGUGGUCCCAUGCUGCUGUCAAUGCUGGUGGUAGGACGUACAUGACACUCGUGAAUCAGCUAGCACCAGAUGAGAUUCUAUUAAGGGUUUCCAAACUUUUACAUCCUUCAGCUUCACGAUCAACAUUCUUGGGCCUUUUUCAAGGGGAAAACCCAACUAAGUAGGCCCACAAGGAUGCUCUGGAGGAUGUAACGCGGCAACCUUUAACUCGAGACCGAGAUGAUUGGGCAAACUACGAUGCAUCAACGAAAACCGGCAAGCUUCCCUGUUUGUUCAUCAAAGAGGAAGCUUUCGAUAGAGUAGAGAAGAUACUGCGGAGAAGAGACAAAUGACGAGCCUAAUCGAAGACUGAAAAGAGGCGAGUAACAUAUACAAUAACCGAGGAUCUGAGAAAGUUAGCUAGAUUACUCGCUUAUUUCAGUUCAGGAGACGUGAAAAUCGAGUCGAUGAUAUCCUCCCCAAUCCUCUCGCGUCGUGCGCGUGCUUGGCAUUCACUCUCCUGCAUUAUGCGACACCCUCAUGGGCUAUCGAAUCACUGCGCCAUAUUCACAGUGGGCGAUAAGAUACCUAGCGCAGCUUUUCAAGGUCCAUAAGAUAGAAUACCGAAAAGAAAAGUUCCGCCUGAGAUACAUCAGAGUCAUCUAAUAUACUACACAUGCAUAGUAUAGCAAAAGGCCCACUUUCCUCUUCGAAGGUUGUCGUUACAGCGCGACUUCUUUGCGCAGUCUUUCACUUGACGAAGCAACAAGAUCCCGCCAAGCAAGAAGUAGCUCGGCGCUUUUCCUCACAACAGAUCGCUCGCAAAUAAGAUAUUUUUUUGGAGACCUCCUCAACCAUUCGCACGUAAUUACUCUGCUUUCAACCUGGAGGAAACAGUUUCCUUUUGCUUAUCUGG